UAUGUGUCACCGCGCUUCAGCACGGGCACGUGCAGGGUGAAAAAUCUAGGGAUAUUCAUUCCGUUUGUAACGCGCGUGGGCUUAAUUUAAAAUUAAUCACGUGUCUUAAAACGCCUACGUCAUAAUUUUCUGGUUUAGCCGCACUCUGUAUUCAGAGUCUUUUAUUCUGUUUUAUAAUUGUUUUAGUUGGAGUUAUUUCCGUGUGUUUAGGUUCUCUGUAACGGACAGCGACUAUAUACAGGUGUGUGUGUGUGUGUGUGUGUGUGUGUGAGAGAGAGAGAGAGAGAGUGUGUGUGUUAUGGCAGACAGAAGCUCAGACUGUGUGUACAACAUCUUCAAGUGCAUGGAGUUCGGACCUUCAGCUCAGAGUCCAGCUGUUACUGCGGGGGCAUGGUUGGAGCAGCACUCUUGCUCCCUCGGUCUGUUUAUUGACGGGAAGUUUGUGCACCCGGGGGACCGAGAGACGCUCACAGUGUCUGACUCUAAAGGUGAGAGUGUGUGCACCGUGCUGUGUGCUGAGGAUGAGGAUGUGUCGAGCUGCGUCUCUUCAGCUGCUGCGGGGUGCGCGGUGUGGGGUGAGCUGAGUGACGCGCGCAGAGCCAGAGUCCUGCUCAGGUUUGUGAGUGUGUUGCAGAGGUACAGCCAGUGUGUGUGUGAAGUGUGUGAUCUGUGUCAGACUCCCAGCUCCGUCCCAACACUCGUCCGACUCACACAGUAUUACGCUGGCUGGGCUCAGGUCCGACACACACUCCUGUCUGAGUGGAAAUCACCAGGCGUGGUUGCAGUGGUGAUAUCAGAUGAUGCUCUUUUCUACUCCAUGUGGUUGAAGGUCCUUCCAGCUCUUGCUUUAGGUAACACUGUAAUUGUGGUUCCUGGAGUGAAGAAGGCCCCGCCCACCCUCCUUUUGGCCCAGCUGUUUAUGGAGGCGGGACUUCCUGCUGGUGUGCUGAGUGUGGUGACGGGUCACGACUCGAUGGGAGUCAGAGUGGCUCAGAACCCAGGCAUCAGCUACGCCACCUACAGUGGGAGCAAACAGGAUGGAGAGGCGCUGGUGAAGCAGGUGGCUGGGCGUGGUCUCCCCGUCUCUCUCUCCCUGUCUGUCUGCUCCGUCUGUCCGUUCAUCAUCUUUGAGAGUGCAGACGUGGACAGCGCUGUGGACGGACUGACGGACGCCGCUUUCACAAACUAUACCGAGGUGAAGAGCUACACUUGGGUGGUGUGUGUGCAGGAGUCAGUGUAUGAUGCUGUGGUGGAGAAGCUGAAGUUCAGGAUGGCCGGGAUGAAGUGUAUUGGUGUUCAUGACGAGGGUGAGAAAGGGCGAGUGGACGCUGCAGUGCAGGAGGCUGUACAGCAGGGGGCGAUGUUGAUCCAGUCUUGUCCUCCAGGCUCCUCUGGACGUGUGUACCCCCCCACAGUGGUGUAUAAUGUGGCUCCCUCCUGCCCCCUGGUGGUGUCUCCUCCACCCGGCCCCAUAGUGCCCCUGCUGUCCUUUAGGAGUGCUGCAGAGGGAGUGACUUUGGGAAACUACAGACCUCACGGUCGAGCUGCUUCCAUCUGGACUGAAGAUCUGACACUGGCUUUGGAGACUGCAAAGAGUCUGUGUGUGGGUUUGGUGUGUGUGAACACUCACUCUGUGACAGAUCCUUCGCUCCCGCAGUCUGGACGGAGAGAAAGUGGAACCUGCACUGACGGGGGACGAGAGGGUCUGUAUCAGUUCCUGCGUGUGUCUGUGGCUCCGCCCCGCUCCGAACCCACCGCUCUGGACUACACCAAGUUUGGUACCGCAGUGUCCGGGUUCCAGGUGCCGGAAAGUUCUGACCAGUCCAGUGUCUCUCGCUCCUGCUCUCACCUGGUAGGAGGGAAGGUGUGUAAAGCUGAUUCAGGCUGCAGUAGGCCCGUGCAGACACCAGGGGGUGCUGUUUUGGCUCAUUGUCCAGAUGGAGGCAGGAAAGACGUCCGUAACGCAGUAAACGCUGCGCUGAAGGUCCAGCCGGGGUGGAUGAAGAAAAGCCCCGCGGCGCGAGCGCUCGCCCUCUACUCCCUCGCCGACAGUCUGGACAAGAGAAGACAGGACAUGGCUGUGUCUCUCCACACUCAGACUGGCGUCUCGAUGGAGGAGGCGGCACAGGAGGUGGAGCUGAGCGUCGCCAGGCUUUCUGAUUGGGCCGCGCGGUGCGAUAAGCAGAACGGACACGUGUCGCUCCUCCCUCAGACUGGCUCCGCCCUCACCAUCCCGGAGGCUUUAGGAGUCGUGGGCGUGGUGCUGCCCGACACUAAGCCUCUUCUCUCCAUGGUGACCGUUCUGGGGGCGACUGUUUCCGUGGGCAAUGCCAUCGUCAUGGUGCCGAGCGAGAAGUUCCCUCUUCCAGCUCUCGAUUUCAUUACGGUUCUCCAGGCGUCUGACGUUCCUGCGGGCGUGGUCAGCAUCAUCAGUGGUGGGAAGGAUCAGCUGACCCAGGCUUUGGCCAGUCACAAUGAGAUCCAGGCCGUGUGGUACUGGGGCAGCGCUGAGGGCUGUCAGUUUCUGCAGUACUCUAGUCCUCUGAAGCGUCUGUGGCUGCAUCAUGAGGAAGAGGAGGAUGAAGCUGGAGGAAAAUUCUGGACCAAGUGGAGUUUCUCAGUGCAGGAGGAGAUGUGGAGAGAGUGUGUGGUGUGGAAGAGUGUAUGGAUCCCCACUGCUUAAAGACACACACACACACACACACACAGUGAGCGAUAAAGGGUUUGUGUGUGUUGCUGUUAAUGAUACGAAAAGAAAAUAAUGGGUUAGAAAUAUAUUCUAGUAAAUAUAGUGGAUUAUUAAAUCAGAAUAUUCUGACAGAUCGUGUGUGUGUGUGUGUGUCUAAGAGAGGGAGACACGGAGCUGUUUCAGCUUUUUGAGGACAAAAUGAAGAAGUGAAAGUUCUUUGUGUCAGUAAAACAGCCUUUAAAAAGGUUCUCCAUUGCAAACCUUUCCAGCCAUAAGUAUAUACACCCUUUUAUUUACCGCAGAGGAACUUGAGCAUGUGGUUGAUACUUCAGACAUUCCAGAAUAAAAAUAUGAUUAUGCAAAUUAUAUUUAAACAUUCAGUUUCACAUCAGUAAUUUAAAAGAGAAAUGAAAUCAUUAAUAAAAUUUUAGGCUGAAAAGCAGCGGCUGGAAACUUGAGACUGAAAAAAGCUCAAAUUCUCCCGUUAAUACAAUUAGUGCAAACUAAUUACUAAUUAAUUUAAUAUAAUUUCAGUUAGUGGAUGUCUUCCUGUUAUGUCGUCUCUGUGUUUAACGCCACCUACUGGUCCUAAUCUCCCUCAUCCUAUAUACAUCUCUUGUGUAGUCCCAUCGCCCAUAACAAACUCCUUCCUCAUCUUCCUCAUCCUCUCCCCAGUUUCUAAAUUACUUUUCACAGUGUACUAAACUUCUCCAAAUUCAUGGACACCACGCAGCGGCAUGUGAGUGUUUAUAUACGGAGUGAAGACAUUGGGUUUUAUAUCCUCACGGAUGUACAGAGACGGUUUUUACAGGAAGUGAAGAGGUUUCAGUUCAUAAAUUUUGUAAUUGAAACCAAUCCACAUGGUAUGUUACCUGCUGAAGCUGAUGAGCUCUGCUUAUAAAAACCAAGUAAACUGUAAAGCUCUAAUAAUGAGUCUACUUCAUCAUUAAAUGAUUUCUAUUAAA